AUGGCCGUAGAACCAUCAUCAGUCCCGGCCUCCGUGCCCUUCGCUCCGACGCAAAGGCUAUCCAUCCUCCACGGCCCCCGCGACCCCCCUCUGGUCGACCUUAGCCUGGGAGAGCUCCUGGAGCUGCAGACCUACCAGCACGGCACCAAGGAAUGUUUGGUAAUUCCCUGGACCGGUGCACGAUGGACGUACAAUGAGCUCAACCAGCAGAGCCUGCUGCUCGCGCAGGCACUGCUCAAGAUGGGCAUCAAGGCUGGCGACAGAGUGGGCGUCAUGGCGGGCAACUGCGAGCAGUACGCAGCAAUCUUCUUUGCCGUGUCGAGAAUAGGCGCCAUCCUAGUCAUUCUGAACAACACAUACACGCCUAGCGAGGCCAUGUAUGCUGUCCAUUUCUCAGAAUGCAAGAUCCUGUUUACCACCAAACAGAUUGGUCGGCUCGACAACACGAGGUUCUUGACUCAAUUGGCGAAUGAGGUCAACGGACCUAAGGUCGUCAUGAUUCGGGGCGACACGAGCGGGUACCAGACAUAUGAUGAACUCAUCAAGUCAAGCUCAAGGCAGAGCCCGAGGGAACUUCACCUUGCUAUGAGCAAGGUUGUUCCGCACCAAGUAUGCAACCUUCAGUUCACCAGCGGCACUACUGGUCGUCCCAAGGCUGCCAUGCUCACUCACCACAACGUCGUCAACAACGCACGUUUUAUUGGUGACCGCAUGCGCCUUUGUCCCGAGGAUGUUCUCUGCUGCCCCCCUCCCCUUUUCCACUGCUUCGGCCUCGUCCUCGGUCUCCUGUCUGUCAUCACACACGGUGCCAAGAUUGUCUACCCUGCAGAAGUUUUUGACACAAAGGCGACGCUGAAGGCCAUCCUCGAGGAGGACUGCACAGCACUUCACGGCGUGCCUGCCAUGUUCGACUCUCUGUUCCAAGCGGCGCCCGAUGACUUCAAGUCUUCAAAGAUCCGCACCGGCAUCGUUGCCGGUGCCCCCGUGCCCCGGUACUUGAUGGAGUUGAUGGUCAACCGUCUUGGCAUGAGGGAGUUUACCAGCAGUUACGGUCUUACCGAGGCUUCUCCCACAUGCUUCAACGCCUUCACCGAUGACGCCCUGGGUAAGAGACUGACAACUGUCGGUACGCUCAUGCCUCACGCCUCGGCCAAGAUUGUCGACAGAGACGGCAACAUUGUGCCUAUGGGUCAGCGCGGUGAGCUGUGCAUGGCCGGUUACCAAUUGCAGGCCGGCUACUGGAAUAACUCGGAGAAGACCAACGAGGUCAUGGUCCGCGAUGCCUCCGGUGUCUUGUGGCUUCACACUGGUGAUGAGGCCGUCUUUGACAACGACGGAUACUGCUCGAUCACGGGACGUUUCAAGGAUAUUAUCAUCCGAGGCGGUGAGAACAUCUAUCCUUUGGAGAUCGAGGAGCGCCUCAUGGCCCACCCGUCCAUCUCGCAGGCCAUCGUCGUCGGUCUCAAGGACGAGCAUUACGGCGAAGUGGUCGGCGCCUUCGUGCAGCGCGCCGAGAACUCGGAGAAGCCGACGUUCCAGGAGCUCAAGGACUGGGUGCGAGAGCGCCUCGGUGGGCACAAGAGCCCCGCGCACAUCUUCUGGCUCGGCGAGGAUGGUGUCCCCGCCAGUGUACCCCUGACGGGCAGCGGCAAGGUGCGCAAGUUCGAGAUGGCCAAGGUAGGCGACGAGCUCCUCAAGAAGAGCAGGACCGUCUCCGCCAAGUUGUAA